ACUAAUUCCUUUAUGUCAAAUUGACAUUUGUAAGGGUUAAGUUUAUGUUGUUUUGUACAUUAUGGCCCUAAUCAAUUUUGAUAAUGAUUUGGAUCCUUGGAUCUUGGAACAUGAUACAUGUGAAAGAUUACAAAGGGAUAUUAUGGAACAACUUAAUAGCCGGAGUAAAGAACGUCGAACAUCGGAUCAAUUUGCACGCCUUUCAGCCUCUGUUCGGUUAGGAUUGAAGCAAUACAGUGGUCAAAUUGAGCAGUUGAAACAAAAAAAUGAUAAAGCUUCUAUGUAUAGAACAAUAACUUCUGAAGAAUAUGAACGAAGAACACGUCAGAUUGAAUUAUUACAAUCGAAGUUUGUUUACAUGAAUUCAUUGUUUAAUGAACAACAUAAAGAUCAAAGCAAAUUAUCAGAAGAAAGAAGUAAUUUGUUUGGUGAUACUACAGCAAGUAAAAAUGUUCGAGAUUUGGGAACUGUAGACUGGGGAACUGGAGAAGAAGAUACAUCGAUUGCGACUGCAUCCAAUGCUCAAAUUUAUUCAGUUGCUGACAUAAAACGAACACAACAACAAUUACUUGAAGAACAAAAUAAGGGAUUGGAUCAUUUGUCUGAAAUAAUUUCAAGACAAAAAAAUAUUGCUGAAACCAUUCACACUGAGGUUGGCCUACAAAAUGAAAUUAUUGAUGAUUUAGCUGAUAAUAUGGACCGAACACAUAAUAGAAUUCGUACUGAAACUCAAAACAUUCGAAUAAUUGAUCGUAAAGAUUCAACUUGGGGUUAUUGGUUAAUUAUAAUUUCAUUAUUCUUCUGUAUAGUAAUUGUUGAAAUUAUAUUAUAAAAUAUUGUUUAUAAAUUGUAAUAUUAAUAUAUUAAGUACUAAUUUUUGUAUACUAUUGUAAAACUAGAAACAUUUUGAUA